AUGGCAGGAGUGAACGGGGACCGGAAGGGAAAGAAAGAUGACAAUGGGCUUGGCACAGCCAUCGACUUUGUGCUCUCUAAUGCAAAGCUGGUGCUGGGAGUCGGGGGAGCAGCCAUGCUCGGGAUCGCCACACUGGCGGUCAAAAGAAUGUACGAUAGAGCACUCAGUGCCCCAUCCAGUCCCACUAAAGCCGACCCAUCGGGACGAAGAAGCUGGGAGGAGCCGAGCUGGCUGGGGUCGUCACCACGGACACUGAACCGCGACAUGAAACAGAACGUCAGCCGCUCUCUACAGACGCUCCCCACCUCCUCCAGCUCCUUCAAGCCAGAUUCUUUACAUCGUGUUAUGGGCCGUGGUGGUGGCCGCCCUGGUAAGGCUGAACUCCAGAAGGCACGGAUGCGCCUCUCGCUGCAGGAACACCUCUGGGCCUUCUUUCAAGAGCGAGUGGCGAUCCCUUCAGAAGAGCAGGCCGUCGCUCGGCGUGCUGCAUUGGAUAUCUGUGCCGAGCUCAGAGUCUUUCUCCAUGCUAAACUACCUGAUAUGCCCCUACGAGAAAUGUACCUGAGCGGAAGUCUAUACGACGACCUUCAGGUGGUGACUGCUGACCACGCCCAGCUGAUGGUACCCCUGAUCCUUGAGAAGAAUCUCUGGUCAUCCGUUCCUGGUGAGGACACCAUCAUGAACCUUCCCGGCUUCUGGCUGGUUCGUCGGGAAAACCUUGAGUACUUCCCACGUGGAAGCAGCUACUGGGACCGUUGCAUGGUGGGUGGCUACCUUUCCCCAAAGAGCGUCCUAGAAGUUUUCGAGAAGUUCGUCGCCGGCUCCAUAAACUGGCCCGCCAUCGGUAGCGUUUUAGAUUACAUCAUCCGACCCGUGGUCCCGUCGGAAACGCUUACACUAGAAGUGCAGUACGAAACGGACCGUCGCCUUUAUGUGGACUUCCUUCCACUGCUUGUUAUGGAGGACGGCGUCUCGCUGAUCGCCAAACCGCAUCGAUUGGCCGCCGAACGGCAUGAGAACCUGUGGCGGCAGAGUUUUCGCGUGGCGGAAACGGCAAAGUUGCGUACACUCGAUCAGGAAGACUCCGGGUGCCGCUGCGCGUGUCUUAAAGUCAUUAAAGCCGUGUGUAAACUGAAUCCAGCGCUGGCACGAUUAAACGCAAGCCAGCUCACUAAUGCAAUCCUUCUCCUGAGCGAACAGGAGGGCGACUGGACUCAGGAAGCGCUCGCCAAUCGUUUCAUACAGCUGCUUCGUACACUAGUGGGACACCUAGAGGCUGGGAGGCUACCAUGCAUCUUCAAUCUCAAAGUCAAUCUGUUCUGUGAGCUAACACCACAGGAAAUAGAUGAACUGGGAUACACACUAUACUGUGCAUUGUCUGACCCAGAGAGCCUUUUGAGAACUGUUUAGCAAACAUGCAUGCACAUAGGCUACCGCUUUUUGGUCCCCGCACAGAAUUGAGUUGAUACACAAACCAAAAUAAUGGCAAUGUUUUCAUACGUGUCUUGUUUUCAGAUGAUUCAGAUGAAACAACCUCAGUUGUUUUUCACACAUUCAUAUUUUUGUCAGUCAUACCAUCAUAAGUUAUUUUCAGGUUCUACAACCUCAUCCAUUGGUCAUAUUUAAAUGGCCCAUCUUAUAUCAUUUCAGUGUUUUUUACUUUCCUAAUGCACAGUGAAGGGUCAUGACAAUUAUAUAUUUAUCUAGUGAAGAAUCAGUGAUAUUUCAUUAUAAAUUCAAGCACCGUCAUCUCUUAUGUGUUUCUGUUGUUACCCAAAAUGCAAUGAGUUUCUAUGAUGGUAAUUUGACAUGUUACAUUUGAUCUGUGAAAUUCAUGAUUUUAUGUUUCCCAGUUAUUUGUUAGGUGGAACAUUUGUUCAGUAUCUUCUCCAAUUUUGUUCUUGGAUUCAUCAAAAUACUUUCCUUUAGAAAAAUAUAUAUGACACAGGGAGCCGUUUUAGAUUAAUCAGAUGGCAGGGUCUCUAAAUUAUCUUUCGGUUACUACAUUUCCAGUGAUUUUUUUCAUAAAGGCUUGCAACUCUGAUGCUGAAGGAGUGAUUGUAUAAUUGAAUUAUUUUUAGUAAACCAGCUUUCUGAAAUAUUAAAUUAUCUGAAGGCAAAUGAAAUUAAAACUAAAUUAAAGCCUAAAAUAACUUCAUAAUUUUCAGAGGAUUUCUGUCCAUUAUUCAAAAUCAGUUGCAAAGUGAUGAUAAAGUUUGAGAAAAAGAUCAUGUUUAUUUGAUCAUGUGUUUCUCCCCCCAUAUUUCCAUCUUUCUUGUCAGUUUGUACCAUUAAAAUAUGCAAAUGACCUAUUUUACCUAAUUGCUUAUUUUCAGAUACAUUCUCUAAAAUGAUCCUUUAAAAGUCCCUCAUAGAAAUGUUGAAUGGAUGUGAUGUUAUUUAAAUGGUCGACACGGGUUAUUACCACACUGCUGAAACUAGAUGAAGAUAAUUACCUGAAUUAAUAAUCAAAACAUCUUUAGAAUGGCUAAACAAAGAGCUGAUGUGAUUUUUAUUGUAUUGCAGCUGCCUAAUAAACCAAGGAAAUCCAUGCAGACCUCCUUAAAGCUAUAGAAUCAUUUAAAAACACUUAAAAAAUUUUGAGGCUGGGGGUUAUAAGGAAGGUGAACUGAAAUGUAUUGGGUGCAUCUAUGCACAAAUGAUGUACAAAAGCCUAAAAAACAGACUUCAUAGAGACAUUUUAGUAUUUUUGUAUUGAUUGUACAGAUGUAACCAAACACCAGUGUGAAACUAUUUAUGUAUAUCUUAUGAUCAUUCUUUGUGCUUGGAGAGUGACGUUUGUUAGAACAAAAUAUACAAUAGGCUAUGUCUCCGAUAUGAAAUGCCAAAACUCGCAGGAGAUCUUGUGUUUUAUGUAUUGAAGCAUUUAUUUUGCUUGCGUAACCAGAACACCUGUGUCUACCUGUGUGAUGUAGCAGAAACACAUUUACCUAGCGAAUGAUAUGAAAGGGCAGCACCGAAUCCAAAAGUAGAUCUGCUAGUGGAGUUCAGCUUGGCCUAGUACUUUGCAUGUGAUGCUUGUGUAGUUUCUUCAUUUCCUGGUGAUUUGUAUUUUUAUUAAACAGCAAUUUGUAUCAUUUGUUCUGUGCCUCGGGUGUCUGUGUUGCAAUACAGAGUAAAGGAUGAAAAUAAAGUCGAAUGGGCUGAAACUGUA